CCAAACUAACGUAGAAGCCGAACGAUUGCUCUAACUAUGAGCGACGAGAAGUCACAGUUUGAUAAGAUAUUAGAAACUAACCCAGAGUUUUUGAAUUGGGCUAAAAAGGAGGCAAUGUUCCAUCCUCCAAACCAAUCAGAAUCAGUCUCUAAAUUUGUUGAGCGCAGACUCAGUGAGAGGGGCUGGCCGAAUGAUGUCGAAAAGAUCCUGCUUUUGAUCAGAAAUGAAUCGAAUGUCACACAAGAGCAGGUACAUAAUGCAGGGAAUGCAAAUAAAGGAAUAGUGAAUCAUAAUGAAAUGAGUAAAGAAGAUGAAGAAUCUUACGCAAUUAAAGCUAAAAUUCAAAAUUCUAUAACCCAAUUACCUAAUGAUCCAGUACAAAUUUCAAAAACAAUAAUAAGUUGCAUAAAUAACGCAGAAUUUGAAGCAGAUGGUGAAAUUAGAGUUUUAGCUUUAGAAGCUACAAAGAAAGCAAAAGUUGAUGAACAGACCGAGAAUAAAUACAUAAACGUCUGGUCUAAUGAUAAGAGGGCUAUAGAAUUACUGUCUGCAUGGUUUAAAGACGCUUGUUCUACUAGAAUUUCUGAAUUGAAAGAAUGGAGAUCAACACAUUUACCUUUAUUAUUGUUCAUGAUCAAAGUAAUAUUUGAUAAUGAGAUACUAAUAAAAUAUAACUUUCUAGAACUAGUGAAACGUCUCUGUGCAUCAAAUGAUCCUAAUGUCUCAAAUGCAGCCAAGAAGCUACAAAAUAAGUGGACACACCAGAUUGAACCAUCAAUGCAACCAGCGAAAAUGACGGGAAAGCGGAGCAGCAGUGAAAUAAAUAAUGAAGUAUCCAAAAAAGCGAAAAUAGAAAACAAGCCUAAUUCCUCACUUUUCUCAGCAACUGCUAAACCAUCAUUAUCGAAGCUGCCUUCCUUCAAGAAAGCACCGAAAGUGCAAGAAAUUCCGAUGAACCAAGCGCCAACACCUACCAAUGUAGAUGUAAAGAUACCACCAGCUGAUACUGUUAAGCCAGCUCCUAAAGCUCCGGUAUCAGCGCCUAAUAAACAGAACCCAUUCGCUGAUUCCCUCGCAAUGAUGAGUCAAGAGCAACAGAAGAAGAAACCGACACCUGCUCCUCAAACAUCAAAACCACAACCACCAACUUCACAGCGUGAGCAAGAGAAGCGCCAAGUUGAACCAUCAAAAAAGAAGAAACAAGUUAGAUGGGUGCCUGAAAGAGAAUUAGUUAGCGUUAGGUACAUAGAAAGUCGAGCAGAGCAGGGUGAUUAUCAUCAACCAUACGGUGACGCAAGGAAACUGGAAAUGGAUGAAGGUGCUAUGCUACGCAAGCAUGUAACGACUGAAGACGAAGACAAGCCGCAAGAAUGGGAAGGAACGCAUAAGGGUGUGAAAAGAACCGGGAUGCGUACUCAAAAUCUACGCCCUUGACAAAGGCGCUGAAUCAAUAGAAAAAGGAGUUCAGGAACAUCGUGAGACGACAACAAUGAUGGCUACUUACAUAAACGAAUCUGAUAUACCAUCCACACCUUCAGAGUCGAAGAAACCUUUCGAGAGCCUAAACGAUGAUAGCAAAACGAUACGAAUGAUACGCUCGGAUGUCAACAGCACGGCAAACCAAGCGAUGUUCAAUCCUAUGCCAGGCUCACAAUUCGGACAAUCAUUCGGUGCAAUGCCUGGACCAGCAGCUAUACAACCUCAACAACAGGACUUAAUUAAUCAGCUAUUAUCAGCUAAUGCUAACUCUAAUUUCGCUGCUUAUGAUUUACCUUCAAUGCCUAACGCGUUUUACCAGCAUAAUGAUCGUGAAAAUGAUAGGGACAGAAGUCG